AAGCCGAGCACCUCAGAAUACUCACCGGGAGAAGCAACAGCGUACGUCGCUCAACGAAACGGACCAGAGACCUCACCAGAAAUUUCAGAACUUAAAAAAAACGAAAGCAAUUUUUGUCCUGAGGGCUCUGGGACUUACAGCGUGACACAUAUGGACGACACACCAGCUAAAAAUCUCGAAGUCCAAGAGAGUUCCGAUCAAAGACCAUCUGAAUCAAUAGACUACCUGGAAAAUAAAGAUCCCUUGCAAAGGACUUCCUCGGGCGCAUCUUUGGGCCUCCUCCCAAGAGGCCGCAAGCCACUCUCCCCAAGCACCUCUGAGCUCGCAGACGCACAACUGCGAUGGCUGUCUAAGAGUUUGCAGAACAUAAGCGCUCACGAAGACAACAGACUGUUUCAAAAACGAGGAAGUUUCCCUCCCGUAAAUGAGCGGACUCAUUCCCAAAAUUAUGUUCCUAAUUUACACGAAUCUGCUCCUAUGGGGCGAUGCACACAUCCAAAUGAACGAGCGGAUAGUGAGAUACCAACGAAGCUCGACCACGGAGCGCCGAAUUGGAGUAAGGAAGAGAGUGUUCCCAAAAUUCAACAAUCCACCACGCACACUGAUGUUUCUCCAUUAAAAUUAAAUUUUCAAAAUAGUGACAUUUCUUUGAAGAGGAACUUAGACGUUCCAAAUAUUGAAGACACGUCAAAAAAAGAUUCGUGCAUAUCAGACACCAGUGUUCAACAACCUGCCACGGACGGUGAAAGAUCGCUGAAAAAGGUUGACUCUCACGUUCCGACAGUGUUUAGUGUAAAUCUCCCAUCGUCGUCGGGGAACAUUUACAGACCGGGUCCGGUAAACUCGUUCCUUCAGAAGGAAUGUGAAGAAAUGAAGGACGCCAUUCUCUUUUCUAGGCGCAGAAGCAGAUCUCAGGAUCAACCCGAGCCUGAAGUCGCGCCCCCCGACGGGAUGUACCGGUGUAUCAAGGCCGUUUCAAAAACAAACCGGAAGUGCUCCGGCUACGGCUCGCACUUCCAAUCUCUGCACAAAAUGAGCGGUGAUCGUGGGCGACACGCAGCAGGGCGCUCGCUGUUCGUGGACCACAGCCUCUCCUCGUCCUGCUGGCAGGACUCCCUCUCCAAGGAGCACUGCGUGAAGCAGGUGUCCAUGUGCUCCAACAGCCAGCGCAAGAUGGGCUUCUGCGCGAAGAAGAAACGCCCGCCUCCGAGAGAACGGGCAGGGGGUGGCGGGGGCGCUGGGGGCGGUGGCGGGGCCGGCGGGUGGGCGGGCCGGUGGGUGGGGCGGGGGCCGGCUGCAUGA